GAUUAACUCAUUGUAGGUCUUAUACAAGUACAUGGCAUGAAUUGAGUGCAUUAUUUAGUGAGGAAGGUUUAUGUUAGGUGUCAGAUAUUGUAAUUUUUGUGCAGUUAAAGGUGAAUGAGUGGGAGAGUAGAGUACAUUGAAAGGGAAUGGGCUGGGCCCAGAUUAUUACCUCAGUUGUUAGGUGCAAGAUUUUGUUAUCUUUCUGAAUGAUGUUCUAUGUUGUUCAAUUUUUAAGAAAUCCAGCCAAUUGACUUGGGAUUUACACUAAACCAGAACUGGUGUAGACUGGAGACCAGUUAAACACAGGUAUAGUUACAUGGUGUUUCUCCUUUUAUUCUAUAAGAGAACAGACUUUCUGCACUUCCCCUAAAACACCCUAUUGCAUUUCUUAUGCACAAAUGUAGCCUGAGGGAAGGUCACCCUGUCAAGGCCCAUUAAUGCUGUAAUGAUCAGGAAGCUCCGUCCCCCACUGGCCAUGCUAAACGCCAAUCAUUACUGACCCACCUACCUGGACUCACCUUCACCCCCUUACACACAAAGUCAGUGAACUGCUUGUUGAAACCCUUUGGAAAAUUCACCCACUGGUUUAAUAACAGCAGACCUCUGCAGUCGUCUACAUGGCGGAGAACAAGCCCUACCGCUAUGGGCUCAUCGUCCUGGGGCUGGUGCUCGUGGCACUGGGUGUUUUUCUUAUGGCUGUGGAAGAGCCGCAGGUGUUCGCCACUUUCUGUUCCAUGGGGGCGCUGAUGGUGGGCAUUGGGACAGUGUGGAGCAUGUGUCAGUGCUACCCGAGGGUCACACUCAUACUGCCAGACCAGGAAGUGCUGGGGAGUGCUGAGAAACAGGAGCUGCGUGCUGAAGCAGAGACUCUGCAGGUCAGCCCAGCAGCACCCCUCAAAGCUCCUCUGGCUUGUUUAUACAUAGAAGAUGAAGGAGAAGAUGAUGAAGUGUUCUCGCUCGCCCAGACAGAGAGCAAAGCCCCUGAGCCCCCUGUUAUUCUUCACAGAUCUUCAAGCAUUCACUGUUCCAGCACCCCCCUCCCUGGCAGCAAGACUACAAAGCUCGGACGCUCUGAACCUGAGCUCUACUAUGGCAAGGUGGAUGACUCCUGCUACCUCACCUCAGAGCUGGACAGUGAAUAAGAUGACAAGCCACUGUGACUAAAAAAAAAAAAAUCAAAUAUACACAAAUAGGCUUUCAUACUAAGUGCAGUCAGUUAGUCAGGAUCUGUUUAUUGAGCAAUGUUUAUUUAGUUCUGCACUGUAAAGUUGAAGCUAAUGUGGUCAGUAAGUUUGGAAUAUCCUGCCAAAGUGUAUAGUAUGCAUUUUGCUAGUAUGCAUUGACGAUCUCUGACUAAAUCUAGGUCUUUUUGUAAGGCCAUAACUAUCAAAACCUUGACAAAGUAGGGGUAAUAACAUCUGUUUGAUGAUGUGAAUUUUUGCAAGUAAGACUAUAUGAUAUCUCUUUGACGUUCUUAAUCAGAGUCACUUACAUUUGGAUCAUGUUACACAGUUAGGAGAAUGUAGAGUUAGGAGUUUUGCACAAGAACAUUUAUUGGUGUAGUAUGAUGAGAUUGUCCAGGUGAGAAACUAAACUCUUACUCUGUUAUAAAGUCAGGCACUAGAUUUCACUGAAAAGUAGCUUGUUCAUACAAUGUAGGAGAUUUAGAACAGUGUGUUUGUGAAGUAGUUUAUUAGCUAGCUUGCCUCUGUUGCUUCUGGCUGUUUUUUUAGGUGUUUUAACACAAAGUAGAAAUUGAGUGAAUGAGUGAGUAAGUAGGCCAGGUCCAUGAGGUACUUAAUAUUUAAAAUUAUUAAUUUGAUGAUUUUUACCUGACAGUACCUCUGAGUAUAAAUAAUUACAUUUAUUUUUUUUUAUCACAAAGGUAUUGAGCCUUCUCUAAGGGCCAUUGUGGAUUAGUGGAUAGUGUUUUCAUACAAUGUCUUAAAUCACAUAAGCAAUACUUUACAGUAUAUAAAGUGUGAGGAAAGUGAGCUGUGUUCAUGCAGUCUACUGGUUAUAAGUUCAUUUGCCUAUUAUUUGAGCUGUUGCUUGAAGUUUUGUUUAGCUUUUUUUGUUUUAAUAAAGAGUUUUCUUUGUCCUUUA